GGAUUUUCAGCGUUAAAUUCAAGAGGACCUGCAGCCUAUAUUUGACAAAAAAUAGCUAACUGAAGUUGAGAAAAAGGACCCAGUAAGCAUAUUGUGUCAAAUUCCCUUGAUAAUUGGUCAAUAAUUGGAUUUGAAGAAUGGCCUACGUAGAAAAUCCUACCUCAAUACAUGGUGUUACAUUUGGAGGAAUACCACUUUUUGGGUGUAAAUACAGUUUCCAGAGUAUGGAUAAGCCGAAAGAGGACUAAGUAAGCGUCGUUUUAAAGAGAAAAUGAUUAAAAUUGGUCCAGAAAUAACGAAGAUGAAUGAACCAAACAUUUUACCUUCGUUCGAAGAACUACGUGGGUUACUUUUAUUCAAAAGUAUAAGCUGCUUAAAUCGAUUGACACUGAAAAAUAGGAAGUAAAUGACUACUAGAAACGUAAAGCAAACCACCAACAACAAUUAGGACAAUAUUUUCGAUUUUUUCUACGAUUUUUACCAUUCUUCGAAACAUCUUUUACUUCGAUCGGAGUAUCCUCGGGUACCAGAAUAAUGUAUUUAAAACAAUGCUUUUACCUUUAAAAUGAAUACUGAAAAGGAUUAUGAAGCUAUUUUGACCGUUUUGUUCCGUUUUCAAGACUACUCUGUCCUUAAAAUGAAUACUGAAAAGGAUUAUGAAGCUAUUUUGACCGUUUUGUUCCGUUUUCAAGACUACUCUGUCCUUAAAAUGAAUACUGAAAAGGAUUAUGAAGCUAUUUUGACCGUUUUGUUCCGUUUUCAAGACUAUUAUGUCCUUAAAAUGAAUACUGAAAAGGUAAGAAUUAAAUUUUCUAUAAGAAUGAACCCAUUUUUAAUGUUUUUUUUCUAUUUUUCAGGAUUAUUCAGCUGUUUCAAGCAUUAUGAGAGAGGAUUUGAACUCGAUAUGACUAGCAAUACAGUCAAUUUGGAUAAUUUGGAGAGCUUCUUUGGAAUUUUGAUAGUUUUCUUUCGUUUUCAAGACUAUUAUGUCUUCAAAAUGAAUACUAAAAAGGAUUAUAAAGCUGUUUCAAGCCUUAUGAGAGAGGAUUAGAACUCGAUACGACAAGCAAUACAGUCAAUUUGGAUAAUUUGGAGAGUUUCCUUUGAAUUUCGACCAUUUUCUUCCGUUUUCAAGACUAUUAUGUCUUCAAAAUGAAUACUAAAAAGGUAAGAAUUGAAUUUUCUAUAAGAAUGAACCCAUUUUUAAUGUUUUUUUUCUAUUUUUCAGGAUUAUUCAGCUGUUUCAAGCCUUAUGAGAGAGGACUCGAACUCGAUAUGACUAGCAAUACAGUCAAUUUGGAUAAUUUGGAGAGUUUCCUUUGAAUUUCGACCGUUUUCAUCCGUUUUCAAGACUAUUAUGUCU